AUGUCGCCAACGCUCAACGUCAAGGGCAAGGAGUCUGGCACGGCUCGUGUCUUGGGUUCGGGUACUUCUGGUAUCGCUGAGCUGCUCAUCUUCCACCCCGUGGACACUAUUGCGAAGCGCUUGAUGAGCAACAAGGCAAAGGUUGGCGACGUCGGACUGUCCACCGUCAUCUUCCGCGAGCACGCAGGCGCACCGCUUGGCCGCAGGCUGCUCUCGCUCUUCCCCGGACUCGGAUAUGCCGCCGGCUACAAAGUCACGCAGCGAAUCUACAAGUUCGGCGGCCAGCCUUACUUCAACGACGUCAUCUCGCGCAACUACAAGACGAGCUUUACGAACACGUUUGGAGAGCGCAAGGGCAAGCUCAUGAUGCAGGCGACGGCCGGCAGUUUGACGGGCAUCGGCGAGGUCGCGCUGUUGCCGCUUGAUGUGCUUAAGAUUAAGCGUCAAGUGAACCCGGAGGCGUUCCGCGGUCGCGGUGUGCUCCGAAUCUUCAUGGAGGAGGGCACUGGUCUGUACCGUGGCUGGGGAUGGACGAUGGCUCGUAAUGCACCGGGUAGCUUUGCUCUCUUCGGUGCAUCCGCAUUUACCAAGGACUACGUCCUCGGCAUCCAGGACUACUCCAAGGCGACCUGGACACAAAACUUCAUCGCAUCCAUUGCCGGUGCUGUCGCCUCUAUCACAGUCGCGGCUCCCUUGGAUGUCGUCAAGACGCGUAUCCAGAACGCGAACUUCGAGACGAAGACUUCUGGUGUUACGGUCAUCAAGGACCUCUUGCGCGACGAGGGUCCCGUUGCUCUGUUCAAGGGUCUGACGCCGAAGAUCUUGGUCGUCGGCCCCAAGCUCGUGUUUAGCUACACCAUCGCACAGUCGCUCAUCCCCGCAUUCGCAAAAUACGUUUAA